AUGACAGAACUCGCUGAUCCUUCCAAGUUACUUUACAAGGCUGUGACUUACCAGACCAAAGCCACGCCCCUUGCGCUCACUGAAGAAAGCAUUUCUCUAGUGAAGGCUAACGGUAGUUAUAACGUCUCCACUGAUGAUAUACUCAUUGAAAUUCACUCGGCCGCGUUAAACCCUGUGGAUAUGCUUUGGCACCGUGCAAGUAAUUGGAUGGUUGGCUCCAACCAAAAGACUCUCGGGAGAGACUACGCGGGUGUGGUUGCCAAGGUCGGUGCUAAUUUGUCUGGAAAAUACUCAGUUGGUGACAAGGUUUGUGGUGUGAUCACUGAAAAGUUUGGUAUCGGAACUGUGGCUCAGUACCUUGUAUUGAAUCCUACCAAGAACCCAGGUAUCGUCAAGGUCCCAACCGAUGUUAAAUUAUCUUUCAACGAAUUGGCCGCUUGGCCUCUCGUUCUCAACACUGCCUAUAACAUGUUGGAGCUCCACGGUGCUACAAAGCCAGUUGGCUCGAGCUCUAAUAUCUUGAUUAUCGGCGGUGCCACCGCCUGCGGGCAAUAUCUUAUCCAGUUAGCCAAGGUAGCCUACAAGGUUAAGACUAUCGUCACGGUGAACUCUGGCAGUGCUGACGACUUUGUUAAGCUGUUGGGUGCCGAUUACACUAUUGAUUACACCAAGCACAAGAAUAUUGCCGGACCCGUGGCGAAAAUUGUGCAGGACGAGUUGGGCGGUGAAAAGUUCCAGUUUGUGUUCGACUGUGCUGGUAACUCCGAUCUAUUCCCAAAAAUAGACAAUGUUUUGAAGUCUAAGAAAGAGGGCUCCGCUGUUGUGACAAUCGUGGGUGACAAGAAGCCUGACUACGAGACAUACACCUUCACACAUGCGCUCUCGUUGGGUUUCAUCAAAAAAAAUAUUAAGAGUAAGUUGGGUUUGGGUUCACUUAACUACUCUUUCAGUAUGGCUGGUCCUAACGCGGAAUGGUGCAAGAGAGCGAUGGGAUUAUUCGAGGAAGGCAAGAUUAAGAUCACCGUUGACUCAGCAUACAGUCUCGAAGACUUCUCGAAGGCCGUGGAUAGAUUGGCCACCAACAGAGCCAGGGGGAAGGUGAUUAUCGAAGUGAAAAAGGAUCAAGUGUAAAGUGUUUUUUAUAUACGUUUAAUAUUUAACAUUUGUUUAUUAAGUGAAUACCGCAUAUCCAGCUGC